AUGUGGUGGUGGGAUGAGAGGUUCCUUGACAAUCUGAAAGAAUGGUGGAAGGAAGGUAAUAUCUAUUCUGGGUCUCCUAGCUUUAAGUUUGUUAAAAGAAUUCAGUUCCUGAAGAACAAAAUUAAAGAUUGGAAUAAAAUGUCAUUCAAAAAUGUAUUUGUGGAGAAAAGUAAAAUUGAGGAUGAGCUAGAAGAAAUUGGAAAUCGAGUAAUGCGAUUUAGUAUGACCAAUGUUGAAUUGGAAUUGGAGAAAAAACUUAAAACACAGUAUAUGGAAAUUUUAAAGUGGGAGGAACUGUAUUGGAAAGACAAGACUAGGGAACUGUGGAUUGUUGAGGGCGAUCUCAAUACUAAAUUCAUUCAUGCUUCUUCCAAGGCCAAAAGGAUCAACAACAAAAUAUUUGCAAUCAAAGAUGAGAAUGGGAUUUUGAAAACUGAGGCCAAUGGCAUUGAGCUAAUUUCUCUCAGGUAUUACAUGGACAUAUUAGGGGGCAUUGAGCAUGAGUCGUGUUUAAUACCAAUGAUUGAGGAAGUCAUUAAUCCUCAGAUUUCUAGCUCUGAUUGUGAUAUGUCACUUGCACCUUACUCUUUGGAGGAAAUUAAACAUGCCAUAUUUUCUUUUCAUCCCCAAAAGGCACCCGGACCGGAUGGCAUAACGAUAGAGCUUUUUCAAAAAUGCUAG